AGAGGAAGAAGGAGAAGAAGAAGAAGGCGCUGAGGAACAUAAGACCAAAAUACUUCCGACAUUGAUUGUUUUUAUCCAGCGGAGGAAGUCAGCUGUCAUGGAAUACAUCAAAUGUUUCUAGCGCUGGGAUUGACCAAGGAAUCCAUCAUCCAAACCAGCUGCUGACAGACUUCAUUGUGGAAUAAAAUGAAGAGGAAACGUCGAGGCUCAAGGCCGUGUGAAGCUGAGAAGAGGGCACGUGGAAACCGAAGAGCUCAGAAGAACGUCCAUGCAGCAACACCUGCUCUACAACGUGUUACUACAGAUGCUAACUACACUUCAACCAACCAGCACAAGCAGACAGAAAUCAAGUCCAACACCUCCAGUCGACUGUCCGCUGCUGUCUGCAGGCUUUGCCACGGAAAGUUUUCUGCACGGAGUUUGCGACAUGCUUUCAGCAAAUGGCCUCAGGAUUCUCUGGAUGUCGUUGAGGACAAAGAGUAUGUUGCAGCCCAGUCGCCCGCUUUGUUCCACGCUGACUUCCAACGACUGGUUGGCGUGCAGUUGGACCCCGAUCCCCGAUUAUCUGCAUUUGUUUGUAAGAAAUGUCACAGCAAGUUCUACAAAUGCAACAGCAUCCUGCUGCACUUUCUACAGAUGGUUAAUGUGCUGCCUGUUGGCAAAGACAACCCUAAAAGCAGGCAUCAUCCGAUGUUUUCAAAACUUUCAGUGAGCCAUGAGUCGACAUCAGCAUUACCAUCCUUUUCUUCAGACCCCAAGUGCCUGCACAAGCUGGUGUCGUGGGCUCACCACCACGCAGAGGCAUGCAGGUCCUGCCCUGACCUGAAGGAGGUGCUGGAGGACAGGUGCUGGGGCUUUGUCAAGGCCGUGUGGCGUUGUGUUGACGGGCACAGCUACACUCUGGACACACACAGCACCUCGUCUGUCAAGUCUGGCCACAUGCUCCAGCGCGGAAGAAUCGAUGAGCGGCAAGAAAGGAGCUCGGUGGGGAUCGCGGUCGACAGCGUGGUUGGACAGAGUCCACUCUCCGUCACGCAGCAGACUUGUGGCUCGGCAUUAGCAGACUGGAGCAGCAACACUGAAGACUCCACAGACCCAAAAGAGACGAUCUGUGCCGCUCUGAAACAGCACGAAGACAGGCUGGUUGAAAGUGAUCUUUCUGACAGAGUGUUGUCAGAAGAGGAGUUUGAGGAUAAAGGAAAGAGCUUGUCAGAAGAUGAGUCAUUUGAGCCAUAUUCAGACAAAAGCCCUUGCAGGGCAAUCGUCCCCACCGAGCAACGACAAAUGUCAAAUAUCUCAGGAGAGCCUAAAGUCAAAAAGAAACCUGGACCCAAACCUGGCUGGAAGAACCAAUUCAAACCUAACGGGGAGGAGCUACCUAACAUCUACAAGUGUCCAUGCCAGGGCUGCACCGCGGUCUACAGAGCUCCUGAUGGUCUGAAGAAACAUAUCAAGGAGCAUCAUGACGAGGUGAGAGAGCGACCCUGUCCUCACCCAGGAUGCAACAAGGUGUUCACCAUCGACCGUUACCUGCAGCGCCAUGUCAAGUUGAUCCACACAGAGGAGAGAAACUACAUCUGUGACCAGUGUGGACAAACUUUUAAACAAAGGAAACAUCUUUCAGUUCACCAAAUGAGACAUUCUGGAGCCAAACCACUGCAGUGCGAAGUCUGCGGCUUCCAAUGUCGGCAGCGAGCGUCGCUGAAGUAUCACAUGACCAAACACAAGGCGGAGGCCGACCUGGAGUUCGCCUGCUUGAUGUGCAGCAAACGCUUCGAGAAGGCCCACAAUCUCAACGUGCACAUGUCCAUGGUCCACCCGCUCACUCAGAGCAAAGCACAUCAAGAAGGAGGUCCGCCGCAGCCGCACCCGCACCCGUUCUCCGACCUGCACGCCGUCACAUGCCCCGAGGAGGCGGGGCCACAGGAGCAGGACAGAUGACAGCAGCGAGAACGUCUCCUGAGCUUCAACACUCAUAAGUGUGUCCAUUGGUGCACUUAAGUACUUGCAGUUACUCUUUUCAGCGCAUAAAACACUGUCAGUACUCAAUAUGCUAAAUGUGCAGUGAUGGACACUUCACCCUCAAUGCCUGCCAUCUUGGCUCUGUGGCUGGACUGGAGUGGUUGCAAAUCACAUUAAAAAGGAGAGAAGAAGAAAAUGUGUCAUUGGAUUGGAAGUACGCUGUUACAUUUCUCACACUCAGGAACUGAGUACACUUAUUGAAGUGUACUGACAGUCUUGAGGGGAGAUGGCCUGCAUUCUGAAACAAUUUCAUGUUGCAAACACUUUUCCUGCACUACCUUCAAGAAGGAAUGCAACAAAUCAUGUGCUGUAAAACAGCCAGAAUGUUCACAGAUAUGAAAUUGUUCAUACAUUCCUUAAAAUGCGAAUACUUGUAAUUGUUCAGGAGUGUUCUGUUUGUGAUUCAAUUUUAAAAUAUCAGUUAUAUAAUAUUCAAAUAUCUUUGUCUGAGUGCCGAGGUUACCAAGUGAAUACGACAACUGGAAAGAAUACUUUUGGAAUUAAUGUCACAGUUGUACUUUAAAAAAAGACUUUGUUACAGUUUACUUUAAUACAUAAAUGUAUUACUUGUCUCAUAUUGUCUUCUGUUGCCUGAAAUACAUGAACAUGUUUGUACAAAUAUACAUUUUAAAAACCUGCGCUUCA